CCGGACACGUUCUCAAAAUAAAACGAAAAAGAAAAUGAAAACACACAGAAACAAUUUCUUCUAGGGUUCGUUCAUUAAUCUCAAAUUGAGAUUCUCAAUCAGAGUUACUAAACGCUAACAAGCUAAGAGCUGAACAAAAUUAGUUAAUUACAUUAUGCCUCCAGUCCCAACUAGGAAGCAUGAACCUGGUAACAAAAAGCUGAAAAGGAAGCGAAGGCUCGAUGAUUUAGAGAAGUCCCAAUCAGGAGAUAUAGUCAAGUAUUUCAAACCCCCUCCUACAACAAAUACUGAGAAUACCAUAGAGAAUAAUAAUUCUACUAUUAACAGCGAUGAAGACGACACCACUGCAGAUGAUAAUAGUGCGACAAGAGCUGAUGAUAACGGUACCAUAAGAGCUGAUGAUAACGGUGCGACAAGAGUUGAUGACGAUUUUGCUAAGAGCACGCCAAAUAUAAUCGAAAAUACUGAAGUUAAUAAUCAACCGUUGGAUGUUUUUGAUCCUGGAAAUUGGAAUGUUAUUGAUAAACCUUUGAGAGAUAAGUUAGUGCGAAGGGAUCCUAUGAGAAUUUUAAAUCAUGAUUAUGCAAGGGGCAAAAAGAAUAGACGUUUCUCCGACACCUAUUAUACUUGAACUGCUAUCAAUGGGGAGAAGUACGAUAGAAGUUGGCUAGUCUAUUCAAUGACCAAAGAUAAAGUUUAUUGUUUUUGUUGCAAGUUGUUCAAUCUUAAUGGAGCAGCAAAUCAGUUAGCUAGUGAUGGUGCUCAAGAUUGGGGAAACUUGAGUGGGACUAUUCAGCGUCAUGAAACACAAGAAGAUCACCGGACUUGUUUCAAUAGUUGGUCUGAAUUAGCGUCGAGGUUGAAAACAGCUCAGACAAUUGAUAAAAGUAUUCAAGAGCAAAUUAAAAAAGAAAGGGAGCAUUGGAAAAAGGUAUUACAACGAAUAGUUAGCCUUGUAAGACAACUUGCUAAAAGAAAUUUAGCAUUUUGUGGAGUUAACGAAAAGAUUGGAGAAGAAAGCAACAUGAAUUUUUUUUGGGAUUUAUUGAAUGGGCAGCAAAAUUUGAUGAAGUGAUGAAAAUGCACCUUCAUCGUAUACAAAAUAAUGAAAUUCGUUAUCACUACCUUAGUCACAGGAUUCAAAAUGAGUUGAUAUUGAUGUUGGCCGCUGAGACGAAAAACAUUAUCAUCAAGAAGAUACGGGAAGCAAAAAACUAUUAUGUUAUCCUAGAUUGUACACCUGAUGUAAGUCAUGAAGAGCAAAUGACUCUUGUUAGGUGUGUGGAUACUUCUGCAGUUCCGGUAAAAGUGGAAGAGUUUUUUAUGGGAUUCUUAAAGGUGGACGACACAACUGGUUAAGGUCUUUUUGAAGUUCUUAUGGAUACUUUGAGUAAUCUUCAGCUUGAUAUUGACAACAUAAGGGGCCAGGGAUAUGACAACGGUUCUAAUAUGAAAGGAAUACGUAAAGGCGUACAAAAUAGGAUGAUUCAAAUAAAUCCUAGAGCGUUUUAUUCUCCAUGUGGUUGUCAUAGUCUCAACCUUACUAUUAGUGAUAUGGUCAAGUCAAGUUCGAUGGGUGGUACUUUUUUUGCUGCAAUUCAAAGUAUUUAUGUGAUGUUUUCGGCUUCAUCAAACCGGUGUAAGAUUUACCAAGAUCAUGUUAAAGGUUCAGAAAACAUCACGCUGAAAAAAUGGGCAGAUACAUGAUGGGAGAGUCGAGUAGAAAGUGUUAAAGAAGUACGGUGUCAAGCCCCAGAAAUACGUAAUGCUUUAGUUUACUUGAUAGAGUAUUGUGAAGAUGAAAAGGUGAGGCAUGCUGCUGGGAACAUAAUUAAACAAGACAUGGAAAAUUUUGAAUUCUAGCUCAGUAUGGUUAUUUGGCAUAAUAUUUUAUCAGCCGUGAAUAAGGUUAGUAAACUUCUGCAAACAGAAGAUAUUGAUAUUAAUUGUGCUAUUCAACAGUUAAAGGGACUCGCUUCCUAUCUUGAUACAUAUCGAGCAGAUGGAUUUCAACAAGGGAUUGCUGAAACUGAACUUAUUGCUGCUAAAAUGGGCAUUCAACCUGUUUUCCAAGAGAAGCGCUUUAUCUAUAAAAUGUAUCCAUUUGGAGAAAGUGCGAGUAAUGAGGUACGUCUAUCACCUAAAGAAUCUUUUAGGAUUAACUAUUUCUUGUACAUAUUGAAUCAAGAUAUUUCAUCAAUGAGUACUAGGUUUAAACAAUUUGAAAUCUACGAAGAGAACUUUGGAUUCUUAUUUGAUGUGCAUAAGAUAUACCAUAUUGAUGAUGGAAGCUUAAAAGAAUCAUGUAUGAAGCUUGAAGGUUAUCUGCAGCAUGGAUCUUCAAAAGAUAUCGAUGGAAUGGAUUUGUUUUUGGAAUUGAAAAUGUUGACAUGUAUUGUUCCAGCUUCUAUGAAAAAAACCCAAAGAUGUGCUGAAUUUUCUAAAGAUUAUGGAUGGCCCUUCUUCUUAUCCAAAUGCGUGGGUAGCUUUCAGGAUCUUGCUAACUAUACCGGUUACCGUUGCAUCUGCAGAAAGAGCGUUUUCUAAGUUAAAUUUGAUCAAGAAUUACCUCUGAUCUACUAUGUCACAGGAAAGAUUAAAUGUGUUAGCUAUGUUGUCUAUUGAACAAGCAAUCGCUGAAAACUUGGAUUUUACAUAUAUUAUUAAUGAGUUUGCUACUAAGAAUGUACAACGAGAAUCGACUUUUGGCCAGUUUGCUCCUGGAAGCGAUCAAGUUUGUGGAAGUGUUGAUCAUUAAUUAGCGAAAAUAGGUACGUGCUACAACCUUAGAUCUUUAUGAGAGAAAUGUUGUAUGAUGAUUGUAGGCAAAAAACAACGAAAAUUACUGCUGAUUUUUUUGGUAAAUGGAUUUGUCUUAAAUUUGUUCUUCCUUUUCCUCACAAGUUGAAUUGUAUUUUCCAUCA